AACGCCAUUUGUUUCCCCCAUCCGUCCCCCUUCAACUGUGGCGAGUGCAUCAGACCAGAGCCAGUCAGAAGUCGUACUUCUUCCACACCUGGCGCACACCCCCCAGGGAAGCAGCGGCUCAGCCACUUCAGCCACGCAACUCUCCACAGAUAUCGUUCGAACGCUCCAAGUGUGGCUCGCCUCUAA